UGUGUGUGUGUGUGUGUGUGUGUGUGUGUGGAGGGGGGUCAAAACUUGUCAUGAACAGUGGAUCGGUGGGAGGGGCGUUUAUUGCUGGAACCUGAAUAAAACCGUGCCGGUAGCUGCUCGUCUAUCAGACAUGAGGAGGACGAUCCAGAGCCCGGGGACAGUAUGUGUGUGUGUGUGAAGAGCUGAACAUCCAAGACCGGCUCCUGGUCAUAACUGUACCCAGAUCUGGUGCAGCAGCUGUGUGUGUGUGUGUGUGUGUGUGUGUGUGUGUGUGUGUGUGUGUGUGUGUGUGUGUGUCAGAUAGAGAAGGACAGAUGAGCUGAGCGUGUACCUGCAGGCUGAGAGUGUGUGAGCGGCUCAGAGGCAGAUCCUCUGCAGAACACGCCCUGAUAGAAAAAGGUAGACACACACAGGGACACACACACACACACAUAGACACACACACACACACACAUACACACACACACACACACACACACUCAGCCUGAUCAGUGAGGAGCCGAGCUGCUUUACCUGAAAACAACAGCCCCAAUGCUCCAGCACAGGCUCACAGCGCCGGACAGCAACCAAAUGAAACCAGGACGAGUUGAUUUCCACAAACUUUGGUUUGUCCCGAGGAGCUUUCUUCCCGUCUGCAGCCCGGAACACCUGGACUCCCCCCGGGACUCCGCGCACAAAUAAGGCUGCUUGUUGCAACAGCAGAGCGUGAACACACCGGCUGGGGCUGAGCACCAUGAGUAGGAAGGCACGGCGCUGGAUUUUCCAUUUUUUCCUGUGCCUUGGAGUUGUCUAUUUGAAAAUCGGGGGUCUGUCAUCGGUGGUGGCUCUGGGAGCGAGCAUCAUCUGCAAUAAAAUCCCCGGUUUGGCACCGCGUCAGAGGACUAUCUGUCAGAGCCGACCGGAUGCGAUCAUAGUGAUCGGAGAAGGAGUUCAGAUGGGGAUCAAUGAGUGUCAGUUUCAGUUCAGACACGGACGCUGGAACUGCUCUGCCCUGGGAGAGAGGACGGUCUUCGGGAAAGAGCUCAGAGUGGGCAGUAAGGAGGCUGCAUUCACCUACGCUAUCAUCGCUGCUGGGGUCGCCCAUGCAGUCACUGCGGCCUGCACCCAGGGGAGCCUGAGCGGCUGCGGCUGUGACAAGGAGAAACAGGGUUUCUACAACCAGGAGGAGGGCUGGAAGUGGGGCGGCUGUUCUGCCGACGUCCACUACGGCCUGGGUUUCUCUAAGGUGUUUGUGGAUGCACGGGAGAUCAAGCAGAAUGCCAGGACGCUCAUGAAUUUACAUAACAAUGAAGUGGGACGCAAGGUUCUGGAGAAGGGCAUGCGCCUGGAGUGCAAGUGUCAUGGUGUGUCAGGAUCCUGCACCACUAAGACAUGCUGGACGACGCUCCCCAAGUUCCGUCAGCUGGGAUACAUGCUCAAGGACAAGUACAACCAGGCUGUGCACGUGGAACCGGUACGAGCUAGUCGCAACAAGCGCCCCACCUUCCUGAAGAUUAAGAAACCCCACUCCUACCGCAAGCCCAUGGACACGGAGUUAGUCUACAUCGAGAAGUCUCCUAACUACUGCGAGGCCGACCCUUUGACAGGCAGCAUGGGAACACAGGGUCGCCUUUGCAACAAAACGGCUCUGCAGCCCAACAGCUGCGACCUGAUGUGUUGUGGUCGAGGAUAUAACACGCACCAAUACUCCCGCGUUUGGCAGUGCAACUGCAAGUUCCUGUGGUGCUGCUAUGUCAAAUGCAACACCUGCAGUGAGAGGACAGAGGUGUAUACCUGUAAAUAGAAAUAUUUAUUGGAUGUGUAUUAAGACGCACAGCUAGACUGGACUUUGCGUGAAUGUGUGUGUGGGUGCAUGUUGUUCGUGUAUUUCAGAACAAGAGUUGUCUGUGGCUGACAGACACAUGUGGAGUGACUGCCUUCCUGUUUUGGCGUCACGACAACCAGUUCCUCCAACAUGUGAUGAUUAUACUGAUGCCAAUGGACAUCUGCCAUGACACUGGACUUCAACCUAUGGGCUCAUAAAUCGUGUUUUUAUUUUAGAAUUUGAACUCCAUUUCAUGCCCCAGGCUUGACUUCUCUGCAAGCCACACUGGUCUAUUGGCAUGCUUCACCUCAAACAGUGAUUGAUAGACUAAUAAUUUAUUCAAUCAAACUACUGAUGAUUUUGAAAAUUCACUGUUGACGAUCUGUUAACAUUUUUAGUUGGCGUAGACGCCUUUUAGGCAUUUUAGUGAAACAAUAUUCAAGUGCACUUAUAAGCGAAAAACAUUUUUUUAACCAGACAUCUUUUACACACUGGAGCUGAAAACUGAACUGAACUCGACUAAAUGACAUAUUUGAGACCCUGCAGCUUAUGUGCAUUAAGCCUAGCAGGGGAACAUGAAACUACUGAUCCUGGGCUCGGUAUGAUAGUAUUGUUUUCUACUUGUUUCUGUCCCCUCUCCCCUCCUACAGUUUGCUGCUAGUUGUCUGGAAAGUCAUGGAGUUUGUGACUGAGCAGCCAUAUUGACUCUUGAAGCUAAAGCUGACACCACCAGAAGCAAACGCGAGCUUCCAGACAAAAAUUCCCCUUAAUGUUGGUUGAUAGAAUAUAUUUUGUAAGAGAUUAUUUUUAUAUAAUAUGUUUUUUUUAUUUAUUUUCUGUCUCUAUGUAAGAUAUUUUCCCUUAGUAUUUCUAACUGUUCAGUUACUGAGUUCAAAAAGGAAAUGACCCACUGGAACAAAUGUGCCUUGUUCGUCAGCAGCAGAAUAUAAUAAUGUUAUACUGAAAUAUGCGGUAUUGUGAUUUUUAACCCAUUUUCAAGACACAUGAUAUCACCUGGCUUUGCUGCCGAUAGAGAGCCAAAGUCCUGAUCUGUCUCUCUAAAAAUGUUUUCAUGUGAUUUACUAUCACCGUUAUCUAUUACAGCUUUUGCUAUUGACGGUAUGCCAGUGGUACACAUCAGUAACACACCAGUAAUAUAUCAGCGUAACUGUUGGUCUCUCCCGUAUCUAUGAUAUCCACCCAUGGUUUUUUGUCGACUUUCCAUCUUUUUGACUGUAAUCUCUGUUGACUAGCCGUAGGCACUCAACUGUCCUCUGUUGAACUUGUAAAGUUUAACCAGCAAAGGUCUUCUGUGGUGCUUAGCAAAAACAGAAAAAUAAUACAUGCACGUAAAUAAAUAUUUUACAUAAAACCAUGCUUUUUACAUCCAUUUUUAGUCAUUUGUGUAAAUAUAAAUGUAAAUAUGAGGAGAUCAUUAGACUUCAGGAACAGAAUUUGGGAGAUACGCUUUCACUUCGGCUCUCUAUACGGUCAAACACAAAUAGGCAGUUUGUGCUUUUUAUCAAAUCUCUUACUAACACCAGCGAGGGCUGGGUAUCAUUUCAUAUGAACCUUUUUUGGCCUUGUGCCUUCAGUCAGAGAGAUGACAGGAAGUGAGUGGGGAAAUAGAUGGGGCAACAAAACUAGGAUGUUCAGGUGGACCUGGAUGCACCAGCUGUAAAUCAUUUGACAUUUUUGAUAUUGCUGAACAUACUAUACCAGAGUUCAACACAAAAACAAAAGAAAUAAAACAGAAACAGAAACUGAACUGAUGAAAUGAUAUCACCCAACUGCUGUAGUGCUCUUAAAUCACAGGUCAUUGUUGUCCUGUUUAUG